AUGAAUGCACUGAAACGGACGUUAAAAGACGUGAAGAAAGAGAAGAUAACGACUGAGAAGGCGCUGAAGACAGCGACCAAACAAUUGUCGACAAAUCGGGAGACAUUCAGUGCUAUGAAAGAGAAGGAAAGGGAGGAAACGGAGGCCAAAGACUUGGCCCGCGUGAUGGGCGUCCACUACAGGGUCUCGAUGACGGGCUCUCUCGUCGAGUUUGAGUUCAAUGACCGCAAACGCGCCGAAAAGUUGGUCUCCAAUACGAGCGAAGAUAUUAGUCGUGAUUUCUGUGUGUCCAUUGAUGUGAAGAGUGAUAUGAUGUCGGACUCGGAGGACUCAGACGAUAGUGAGACCAAAGCGAAGCCGCCGUCCAAACGAUUUGAGCCAAAUGUGAGCCAAUUUAAGACAAAUUUAAUCCCCGGAAGUGCUUUCCGCUCGAAGAGCCAAUUGGUCCGCAAUGAGAGGUGUGUCCGAAGACGAGACCACUUGUUGGCCGAACCUCGAGAGGCAGAUGAUGGCGACGACUCGGACGCCACGAUCAUCGACGAGACAUACGCGGAGACCGUCGAUGACUGGCGUAACGGACCCGCGAAGUACUGGUACGACCUCAUGGGUCUGCCCGAAGACUGUCAGGACUAUGACUACGGCCUCAAAGUGCGAAAUAAGAGCGCGUCGAGUGAUUGGAUGCACUCGUGGGCCGACACACGUGUGGACCCCGAAGACGCGUUUAAUUUGGUUUCGCAGAUAAAGUGGGAAAAUGAGGUGAUUUGGGACUCGGAUGUGGUCGCGGAGAAAGUGAUAGAUAGGGCCAAGAAGUUGGAGCCGACCACCGGUUGGCUGCCCAUUGGUGUGACCCGAAGUGCGCCCGACUUUUGCAAACAAGUGGAUUGUCUUAAUGUGAAGAUAGUUAGUGAUACAGUGGACACCAACAAUGCAAAGACACCGAUCAAUGGGUUGUCGAAGAAUUUGAGGAAAAGGAAGAGGAAUAGUGUUGUGAAUGGUUUGAGUGAUAAUAGGAAUGAGAAAAUGAAUGAAACGGAAGCCACAGUUGAGGUGAAGAAGAGCCGAUGGGUGUCGACGUUAGCCGAAGAGAACCGGGAGUUAGUGCUGAGCGUAUGGGAGGAUGAGAUCAUUUGGGACACCGAAGCCAUGGAUCGUAAACUGGAGCCAAAGAUUAUACCGUUUAGUGGCGACGACGACAAUGUUAUCCUCGCCUUUGACGAGAUGAUGGAUGAGGACACGACUGACUCGCAUACCGCUGACCCGUUGAAUGAAUCGACAGAUCAGUUCAAUAUAUCCAACGAUGAGUUCUACGCUUCGGUGGUUAAAGUGGACAAUAAUGUCACGCAUAGCCUAAUCAUUAAGCACUCAAUUCCGGCCAUUAAAAUGGACGCAAUGCUGUUCCCGACGUGUCUGCUAGAGUUUGAUCGACCAGUGCUUAAGAGAUCAAAGAUAUUGAGGUCUCGCGUCCCACACGACGUCCUCUUCUGUAGUAAUCGCAUUCAAAUGAAUGGAGAUCUCAAUGAAGAUCAGAAUCAGACGGCAAAAGAUUUGACUAAAUAUACGAUUAAUACGGUUUCGGAACUGUCGGCCCGUAAUGGAGAGGUUGUGGUUAUGGAGUACUCCGAAGAAGAUCCGCCUUUCCUUAUGAGAGUUGGAAUGGGGUCUCAAAUCGUUAAUUAUUUUCAAAAAACCAAUGACAAGAAUUGUGUGCCAUUAGAGGAUAAAUACGCGGAACUAAGGGUUGUCACGAAUUCGCCAUUUAUUGGUGAAAUAGGUUCGGGUAAAAGUCAGCUGUCAUUAGAGACCAAUAUGUUUCGGUCGCCAAUCUUUCGACACUCAUGUCCUGAGACAGACUUUCUGAUCAUUAGAACCGAUGACAAUUAUUAUAUCCGCGAAUUGAAUGGUGUGUAUGUCGUGGGCCAGCAGUUGCCUCUAAUAGAAGUGCCGCGACCUAAGUCUAAACACUACUACGAUUUCGUCAAACAGUUUGCAAAGAUGUUUAUCUACCGAUUCUUUGACGGCAGAAAGUCUGUGCAGAAUUUGGAAACAGAACUCAUAAAAGCCUUUCCAAAGCUGAGCCGACAUUUUGUCACAAGAAUUAUCAGGGCUUUCACUGUUCGCAAAGGAGAGCGAUAUGAACUCAAAAGCGAAAUACCAUUUGAUAAUCAGAUAAACAAUUUGCUGACACCAGAAGACUGUUGUACUUACUAUACGACUACUAUAGCCGCCCAUAAGUUUAAGGAAAGGGGUUUUGGCGACCGUUUAUACCUUAAUAGUGAUGAUAACUGUGAUAACCAAUUGAAUGAGCUGACGAUCGCGCCCUGGAAUACCAGCGUCUCGUAUAUCGGAGCACUUAAUGCCAAGAAAUGGUUGACUGUCUCCGAGUAUAACGAAGACGGAUCUCUCAUGUUUAAGAACCAGUCCUACAAAGACUUUAAGGAUCAAAUGCCGACCAUUAAGAAAUGUCUUCCGAUAUCUAAUUUGUCUCUCAAAAGGAUGCCAUUAAGGAAGGCUCACGAAUGGCUAAUCAAUUAUGGAUUGUCUAAAGAUCGGGUCAAGAAGUUGAGGAAUGUUACGGAAUGUCAAUUCAUGAUCAAAGAACUGUCGCAAAAAUUGAGAGAAAAUGGCGUGAGGGCUGGUAUUAGCAAAACGGCAACUACUGAACAGCACUAUAGGCUGGAGUGCCAGAAGGUCUUCAAUUUGCAGACCAGUUAUUACUCUUCGAAAGAGACGUAUAGUACGGAUGAAGAGGACGAUGAGGAAGAGGAGGAGGAGAGCGACUCCGAUCUCGAAGACAUGGGUCGCGACUUAGAAGCCAUGAUUUUGGAGAACAAAUCUCUGGAACAGAUUGAAUACGAACGCGAAGAAGAGGAGCGCCAAAAGUUUGUUAAGUCAUUGAAAGGCGAGAAGAGUGGACAACAAAAGCCGCAAAAAGAGUCACUUAAAGGAAAGAUACUUAAGAUUAAGAGAAUCUACGAAAUCAAUGGUAAACGAGAGUUGAGGACAGAAAUCAGCUUUAGUUUUACGUUUGGUUUCUCUUCUGCGACGGCUAACGUCAAACCACCCGUAAAUCAAAGUCAGCCUAAAGUGACGCCAAAGCCAUUGCAUGGUAUACUCAAGAAUGUGACCCAAAAUACCUCCCAAAAUGUCUCAAAUGGUAGCAAUGGUUGCGAUUUCGCGAACAUAGAUAUCGACGACAGCGAUGACUGGGAUGUCGUGGAAUCGACUGUCGAAGGGCGCCAACCACUGGCCAAAGUGGAGGGCAUUAAAGUAAAGUUUGCCAAACAGGUGGUCAUCGAAGCGAAUGAGAUCGAGAACGAAGAGCAGAGACGUAUUCAGGAGGAGGAAGAGGAGGAGAGACGCUCGAAGACUGUGGAGUACUUCUCCACGCGCUCCACCACCAGGUGUAGAGUGGAUCCGAUGGUCAAACUGAAGGAGAUCUUCGACAGACUGAUCGUGACGUGUCGUAAGCGCGAAGACCUGUCCGACUGCAUCGACUUCUUCAACGAAGCGGUCAAACCAAAGGAAGCGCCCGAUUAUUACGAGAUAAUCAAAACGCCGAUCGAUUUGUCGACAAUACGUCUGCGUAAUAGCGAAGGGAAGUACUGGACGCGCGACCAGUUCCUCAAAGACAUUCAACUCAUUUACGAGAACUCUGUUGAGUAUAACGGUGAGGACCACGAGAUCACCGAAAACGCACAAAAACUGGUCAACUUCUGUAGGGAUCACCUGAACGAAAGGGCCGAACAGAUGACUAGAUUCGAGGCGAUGUUAGCCACCAGUGACUAUCACCACACACUUCAAGCAUUAACCAACAAUUUGUAA